GCCUCGCCCCCAGCGCAGCGCAGCGCUCUCUGCGUGCAGCAGCCCCGCACCGCAGGCAGCCGCCGCCGCCCCGGGACCUGGCGCCAUGGCUUCUGGAGUAACAGUGAAUGAUGAAGUCAUAAAGGUUUUUAAUGACAUGAAAGUAAGGAAAUCUUCAACCCCAGAAGAGAUUAAAAAAAGAAAGAAAGCUGUUCUCUUCUGCUUAAGUGAUGACAAAAAACAAAUAAUUGUAGAGGAAUCAAAGCAGAUAUUGGUUGGUGACAUUGGAGAUACUGUGGAGGACCCCUAUACAGCCUUUGUGAAGUUGCUACCUUUGAAUGAUUGCCGAUAUGCUUUGUAUGAUGCCACAUAUGAGACAAAGGAAUCUAAGAAAGAAGACCUGGUAUUUAUAUUCUGGGCUCCUGAAAGUGCACCUUUAAAAAGCAAGAUGAUCUACGCAAGCUCUAAAGAUGCCAUUAAAAAGAAAUUUACAGGUAUUAAACAUGAGUGGCAAGUAAAUGGUUUGGAUGAUAUUAAGGACCGUUCAACACUUGGAGAGAAAUUGGGAGGCAACGUGGUAGUUUCACUUGAAGGAAAACCCUUAUAAAAAGACAGACAAGUGCCAUCUGGAUCUAAGGAGCUUCCAUUUCUGCAGCUCGUUCAAUUGGAAUAGUAUUAGUCUCCCUAUCCCCUCCCCUCCUCAAAAAAUAAGUCCCUGCCCUACCACCCUGAAGGAGAUGUCAUUGUUAAGCAGUCUACCAGUGAUUGCCAUUAGACUGUUUAAUCCUGGUAGUUUUAUGUAGGAUCCAAGGAAUGCUUUCACGUCAUACUCUUAGCCAAAACUGACGUUGCAGGCAUUCCUUGCAACAUGUACAAUGAAUGUGAUAGUUAAUGUAAAUAGUCUAGCAGACAGCAAAGGGUAAGCUAAUUGAAUGCCUUGAAAGUAUUGUCCACUGGUCGGAUGGUAGACUCUAUACAGUAUUACUUACAGUUGCACUUGAUUGCAGUUCCAUGAGGCUCUUGUGCAUUCAUACACCUCACCUGCCUUGACAAGCCUAUUUUUGUGACAUGGCAGCACACAACACUAUGCAUUUAAAGCACUUUUUUGUAAUAUGUUUGACCCGCCCCCCCCCCCAAAGGAAUGCCAAUUAAGUUGCUGUAACUGUGUCAUCAGAUUAUUGUAGUACCUCAGUUUCAUUCCUGUUACAUGCAUAUCUUUAUAAAUGAAGUAGCUGUUACGAUGCCUUUUGUUUUCCAUUGAAUGUACACUACUGAACAGGAGUAGAAGUUAUCUGUUUACCAUGUGAGUCUUGAAACACUAAAGUUUUGUAAAACAUCAGUCAUGGUGGCAAUUUCUGUAUUAAAAAGAGCCUUAAAUGGAACAUUGUUUUUUGAGAUCAAAAAUUGGCCACGUUGCAAUAAAACUUGUGGCUUAUUACAGAAUGUUGCCUUGUUUUCAUUGGAAAAUAUCGUUUUUAAGUGUUUAAGCAUAUUUCAAAUAACUUCUGUGGAAAGUAUUGUAAAGGUAAACAAUCAUUAAUCUCAUCUUAAAUAAUGCAAGUUUUUAAUACUGAUUUAGGCACUGCUUUACAAUACUUUGUGGCUCUGUUCUGACCGUUCGAUAAAGGACCUGCUCCUAGUUUACUGUUCAAGUAAAGAAGCUACCACUACUGGACACCAUUAUUUCCAUGAAACACGUGUGUCAGAAAUGUAAAAAUACAAAGUAAUUAACCAUGCAGUGUGUUUCAUACCUGAAUGCUCUUAAAGUUCUACAUGGCAGAGUAAAACCUUGCACGAGCUCAACUCCUUUUUUGGUAAGGUGAUGUGUAAUGCCAGUUAUGUGCAGAGAAUGAAACCAGGAAGGAAUUUUUUGUUUCUCGAGUGUUGUAGUUAAGACCGACUUGGUACAAGAAAUAGCCUAAAUGAACCGUUCUACUUGUUAGCUUCUAUGUAAAUAGAACUGGAAAGUGUUUGCCACUACUGAGGCUUGCACUGGGGACGUGUUUUGGCUGAGAGCCAAAUAAUGCUCUCCUUAUAGAGAAUUUGAUCUGCUCUGUGUGAGCAAUCCUCCGUUAGCCAGAGCUAUUUAUGGCAAACACAUGCUUUUGUAUCUUGUCAUCGUUAUCCACAAAUGGCAAAACUGGACAUGAUUCUCCUGGUAUGCAUAAAGGAGUGCUGUUAGGCAGCCACUGGCAGCUGAACUGUACAUGCUGCUAGAAGGAAUGCUCUUUAUCAUUACCUUAUUUUAAAAAGUUGGUAGAGUAGAACUGGGAAGCUUUUAAAUAUGAGCCCUUUACGGUCAGUUCAUAACCCUUUUUCAAUGAGGAAUAGAUGAUAAUCCAAUUUUUUUUUUUUUUAUUUUAAUAAUUUAAAUAACAUAGUGGUGCUGUGUUUAGGCUCUCUUGUCCUGUAGAACUUUAAGACUGUUUCAGGCUUCUGGCUAUCCCUAUGACUUGCACACCUCAUUGUGUUAGCUGUUCUAUGUAGACUAAACUUUACUAGCAUUUAACUAAAAAGGCAUGAUGACCACUGACUUACUAAGUGUUUUAAUGAGUUUUGGUUUUGUUCUACAAAACUCUCCUUUCAGGUACCUUUUAAGGGUGAGAAGUAACUGAUGGUAUGCAUGUUGUCUAGCUGAAACCCCUAACUUUUUAUUCCUCAAAAUAGUCUAUUUCUGAUCAUUCAUGUUGUGUGCAAAGCCCAGUUUAAUGUAAAGAUCUUCGUGCUUUAUGUAUGACUUAAGUUCAGUACAGUAAAAUGAAAUUACCUUUUAACUGAUUUUUCACAACAAAUAAAUUUCUUCUUUAGAAAAAGCCAAAAUGGAAAAUGUUAAGUUUUAAUAAACCAUUUGAAUUUUCAUUUUAGACAGUAAACUUUUUUUAAGCAGUACUAUGUUUAAAUUUAUUGUUUGUCUCUGCUGCAAACAGUCUGGAAAAACGUCUGUGGCUUCUCAGUUGAAUACUAAAGGUUGGAUUUUUUUUGUUU